UGAAAAAUGUAAAUUAAAUGUCAAAGUAUUAAAUAUGAGGAUAAAUAACAAACUGAUUCAUUGAUAAUAUCUAUUUCUUUUUUAAUUUCAAAGACAGCAUAACUUCGUCUUGCGCGUUAAAAUAUCAUCUAUUAUCAUUACUAAAUUACAGUGUCCACCUUUAUAGAUAAGUGAAAAUGUCGGUAAAUAUACCAGAUUGCCCACCUAGUCUGAAGUCGAUUCAGCAUUACUUAAAAACUGCUGCUGAACAUGACUCCAGAGAUCCUGUUGUGGCCUAUUGGUGCAGAUUACAUGCCCUACAAGUUGGGCUUAAAGUUACAGAAAAAAAGACAUCUGAAGAAACAAAAGUUUUAAUGGCAAUAAUGGACUGGUUAGAAGAAGCCAAAAAGAUUUUCAAAGAUAAUGAAGCUAUUUCCAGUGAAGUAGUAGCUCAAGCACAUUUGGAAAACUAUGCUCUGAAAUUGUUCUUAUUUGCUGAUAAACAAGAUCAGGAACAAAACUAUGGAAAGAACAUUGUUAAGGCAUUUUAUACAGCUGGAAUAAUCUAUGAUGUACUUACAACAUUCGGAGACUUGACAGAUGAGGCAACCCAAAAUCGCAAGUAUGCUCGAUGGAAGGCUGCUUAUAUUCACAAUUGUCUCAAAAAUGGAGAGACUCCAGUCCCAGGUCCAAUGCAGUCGGAAAAUCCAGGCCAAGACGACGAGCAAUCUACUAAUGACGUCAGCCAGCCUGGCACCACUAACUCUCAGACAUUUGGUUUUACCAAUAUAACACCAGCUACUCCACCGGUACCGACUGUCCCCACGAGUUUCACCAACAGCCUGCCAGACCCCAAUGCGGCCAUGCAGGCAGCUUCGCAACUGCCGCCGGUCCCGUACACGCCCGAUCCCAACCCGGGAGGGUUUGUCCCGUACGACCCCUCACAGCAGCCUCAGCCCGCACCGUCUAAUACGUUUUACGGCGAUAAUUCCACGAGCGUGGCGCAACUUAGUCCCGAUCAAAUAGCUAAAGCUCAGAAGUAUUGCAAGUGGGCGAGCAGUGCUCUCAAUUACGAUGAUAUUAAAACGGCCAUAAUGAAUUUAAGAAAUGCCCUCGAGUUGCUCCAGACAGGCCGGGAUCCAGCUUAAAAUGCAGCGUACGUAUUUUGUAUAAUGUUCAUGUAAUGCUGAUUAUUGUUACAAAAUUCGUUUAAAGUACUAUGAAGCAGAAAGUUUAUUUAAAUUGUAGCUGCACUUGUGUAAGUAACAGAUAGUGUUAGACGUGUAACAAAAAGUAACACCAUAUUCUUUAUUACGAUUAAUUUUUAAUUAUGGUAUCUGACUAUUUCAACAAACCACAAUUGUUUAUUUCAUUUAGUACAAUUUAUAUAUGGAAUUAAAAUGGCUUGCUUAUAAGAAGCAAUUUUUUUUAUCUUUAAUCCUCUUGUGGUUGGAAUAGACUAUAGACUCUGAGAUGUCACAAUUAAUUCUUGAUUCAAUGACCACUUUUAAAAAGUUAUAAUGCUUUUAUAUUUUUAGAUAUGCCUCUAAACAAUAUUAAUGAUAUUUUUACUCAACUUUUUUAUUUAAAGUUUUGCAAUAAACUUUGUUGAGCUGUGUGAAUGCGAAAUAAAAAAAUAAUGUGUGAUAUUAUUUUACAUAAAUCUCUGAAUUAUAAAUAUUUUAAUUCGAAAAUAUAACUAUGAACAAACACUAUUGCCUCUAUGUAAUGUGCUUGGCUGGUAGAGGUUAGUAAUUAAAAUUUGUCUUAUGAUUUACCAGCUUUAAUUUAUUGUCACUUGGCCAAUGAAUGGUUGAUUAACAUGCAACUGAACGGUCAAUUGACUCACUAAAUUGCACCCAAAUUGUGCUGAUAUUUACACACGCUUGGUGCUGGUGACUACAAUAUAAUGUACAUGUAUUUAGUAUAUAGAUUAACUUAAAGCAUGUUUUGUAUUAUAAAUGCUUCGUUUCUAAUAGAUGCUCCAUGUUUUUUUUUUAUAUUUAUUGUAUUAAGUUAGUUUGGUACGAAAAGAAAAUCUUUCAUCAUUGAAACAUUUAUAAUAUCAAAUUAUAAUAAAAAUUAAAUAAUUUGACUCUCAUUACAUUACUUAAAUAUAUUGUAAUUAAGUUGAUCAUUAUGGAUUACAGUAAUAUUGUUGCUAUCUACAAGUAUUUAAAUCAGGCCGAUUUUAGUGUGUCAAGUCUAAUUUGUACUCUGUUUUGUAUAUUAAAAGUAUUGUAUAGUUAUUAUUUCAAAUGUACGUUAUAAUCAUUGCUGUUUCUUAUUAUAUCCAUAUAAAAUUCUGUUAAAAUAUUAUCAUUUAUUUUAUAGUUUGGUUACAAAGGAUUUAUGUAUUUAGAAGCAAAUAAAACAAUAAAUAUAUUUUAUUACUCA